AUGAGUGAGAAUCAGGAGCCAAAUAAAAAAUUGAUCAAAGAAGUAAGCGAUAGCCUUCAGAAUCCCUUGAAAUUUUUGUGCAGCGAUGCAAAAAAAUUAAAUGUUUGAUUUUUAAUUUUUUUGCUGCAAAAUUCCAAAAACCCUUAUUUUUGUCGCAAAGUUUACCCUCAAUUUCUUCAGGAAGAUUCGGAAGAGGAAUUGCCAUUAACAGGGGUCCCGUCAGACCAGGAUUCCGAGAGGCUAAAGCCAGUCCCGUCCGCCGAAAUCACCCGACUUCGGGAUGUACGUUUGCCCAGGAUAACAUAAUUUUUUCUAUGAUUUUGGCCUAUGGUUAAUCUGUCAUCUUCAGAAAGCCAUCAGUCCAAGUGGCCCCAAUUACCCGGCCAGUCAAGGGAAUAUUAACAAAGAAUGUGAUCAGAAGAAGAAUUAG